AUGCUUCUAUCGGGGUAUUUCAUUACAAUCAUAAAUUACUUAGGCCUACAAUCCCCUCUGGGCCCCCAGCUAGAUGUACCGGCACCGAUUGAAGGCCAUGUGAAGCCUCACCCCGAGCAGUUUGAACCUUGGGUACCACCCGGCGCUAUGCCGGACCCCGGGGAUCCAAAUAGUGUGCCUAUCAAGUGCGAUUACACGGCAAUGGUGGCAGAUGGGUAUCUCCCCUCGCGCCCAGACGGGAAUAGUGAAUGGAUCCCGCACAAAGAUGACCCAAACCUUCAUUACAACAUCACCACCGAUUAUGAUGCUCGCACUCCCAUUGGCACGACAAGAGAAUAUAACAUCACUGUCACUGAAAGUGAUGUCCAGGUAUGGGAUGGGAGAGAAAUUCGCAGCAGGCCACUUGCCGAUGGAAGAUAUCCAGGCCCGUGGAUUCAGGCUUGCUGGGGGGACACAGUCAAAAUCACUGUCCACAACAACUUGACGGAGGUCAAAAAUGGGACUGCAAUCCAUUUUCAUGGGCUUAGAUUGUUGAACAGCAACCUUGUUGACGGGGUACCUGGAGUUACGCAAUGUCCCAUCGCCCCGGGACAGAAUUACACGUACAUCUUCAAUGCCACUCAGUAUGGCACAUCGUGGUACCACAGCCACUACAGUCUGCAGUACUCGGAUGGCCUUCUCGGCCCGUUGACCAUCCACGGACCAACAUCCGCGGAGUACGAUGAACCACUGUACCCUCUUGUAAUGUCUGACCACAACCAACGGACCGCCUUCCAAGAAUACUAUAUGGAGCAGUAUGGCCCGCCUUUUCCCAACCAAGAGAGCAUUCUCAUAAACAAUCAUGGGAGUUUUGCUGGACAGUUCCCCCAGAACCAGUACACACAGACUGUGCAGAAAGGAAAAAAAUAUUCACUGAUGCUUAUCAACGCCGCGACGGAUACCACUUUUGUGUUCGGCAUCGAUGGGCAUACCGUGACUGUCAUCGGUACUGAUCUAGUGGCGGUCCAACCGUUCGAGACUAACCAUGUCCGCCUUGGAAAUGGCCAGCGAUAUCAUGUUAUCCUUGAAGCAAAGGAAGAUGUCCCAGACGGAUCAUCCUUCUGGAUUCGAACAUAUCCAGCCGAAGGCUGCAAUGGUUUCCGUCCCCGGCCACCAGAUGCAAGACAGGGAAUUCUCUGGUACUCGUCAGGAAAUGAAACCUCGCCGCCUGUACCAGAGACAAGCCCUAUGAAUUACACCAUUGAGUGUAAAGACAUGGUGCAUUAUGAACCCGUGGUCAAACGGACCGUUCCCGCGAUCCCUCAGCUCGGUGACGGCAGUGUAUAUGACAUAACCGACACUACUAUCAGUGUCUGGCAGUGGAAUCUUACGAAGGACACUAACUCUGCUCCCGAUGACAAGGUAUGGUCCUGGAAAAUUCUAAAGGAUCAUGCCCGGGUAGACUACAAAAAGCCGUCAGUGGAUCAUGUGGACGAACUCGAACCCGGAACUUGGGACCACACCGCGGUUAUAGACUCUAAGCCAAUGAAGGACGGCGAGGACGUUUGGAACUACAUGUUGAUUGUCGGAGGGAGAGCUGAAAAACAGGUCGGUGGAGGCAUGCUUGUACCUGCCUAUCAUCCCAUCCAUCUGCAUGGCCAUGACUUCGUCGUCCUCAAGAAUUCCUCCGACCCAUAUCAGGGCUAUGGUUCACUCGACGACCUCCAACUCGACAAUCCCAUGCGGCGCGAUACCGUCCUCCUGCCCAACAAUGGUUAUCUAGUGAUUGCCUGGAAGUCCGACAACCCCGGCGUCUGGGCAUUGCACUGCCAUAUCGCUUGGCAUGCAUCUGCUGGUUUGGCUCUUCAGAUCGUGGAAGGGAGAGAGGAGCUCAACAAACAACUCGAUCUCGAAAAUAUUUCCAAUCUAUCCCCCGACGAGGCCUUCCUGGCGCAGCAAUACAAGGAUACCUGCAGGAGCUGGAGCAUAUGGCAGGAUAAUCGGAUCGGAGAAUUGAAUGACGCGAACUCCACGGAGCGUUUCCAGGACGACUCGGGCAUUUGA